AUGGAUCCCGAUUCGGUCGUAUUGGUCGAGCUGGCCGAACGUCGCCGCUUUGCUGGGGCUUGUCACUGCAUUCCGGCGGCCCGGGUUCCAAUUCCAAUGCCGCUAGAGCCACAAACAAUAGGAGAGUACAGUACAGCUCGUUCAUGUGUUGUUUGGCUUUUGCCAUGCAAGCCAUGGCUUCCACGUCCUGAUGCAUCGCAUUCCAUGAAGCUUUUGACCAUCGGUCAAGGGGAAAGGCAAGGAAGGCUCGUUUCUUUCGACAAGUGGAGCGACUCAAAGUUGGCUUUCGCUGGCGUGGUAAUCCCGGUCAGGAGGUACCUGCCGGUCUGGAGAGAGCUCUCCACUCCCACUGCUGGGCCCAGCACUUGCCAUCUUGCCAUUCUCAGCACCAAAACCUGCUCUUGUUUUGGUUUCCGAUCCUUUGACAAGGACCGGUUCGACCUGCUCAUUCAGCGCUUUAAUUGCUUCGGGCCUGCUUCGGCCCGGAGCGUCCCUGUGACCAAGAAUCACCCUCUCCCUCUCCCGACUCCCCCCAACUCCAUAUCCCCGGGGCUUCCUGCACACGGCCUGCGCGCGCAACUGCAGAAGGCCAGGCUUGACCCCAUCGAUUCGGACCUGGACUUGCACCACGACGCCGCCGGCAGCGCCUCUGGUGAGACCAAUGGGGGGAAUUCCCUCCUGCCCGACUCCUACGGCGCCAUCACACCCGGUAUGCUUGCCAAGUACCACCUGCCCGAGAUCAUGUUGAAUCAUGGGCCGCUGGCCAUUCGCUACGUGAUGGGCUACCUCACCACGUCUGUGCCUGGCUUCUCAGGCAUUCCUCCCGCAAAGGCGAGGAGGUUGGUCGUGGCCGCGCUCGAGGGGAAGGGAUGUGGAGGUGAAGGAGGUGGAAUCAAUGGUGAUGUCGUCUUCGAGAAGGUCGGAUGGGGGAGGUGGGACGCACGGCGCCGGGGUCAACCUGCGAGACGAGAGCUCUCACCUCCAACCGAAGGCAUGGGAAUUCCCAUCUCGUCGGUGAGAUGGGACGGCAGGCCGCACCAUUCCAGCUCGGACGCGUCGGCCUGCGCCUUCUCCCACGAAGACUACGACCACGACAUGGCCAUGAUGGAGAACGAGGCAGACAAAAUGUCAUUAGACGGAUCUGCCUCUGCGUCUUGCUCCGAAGCCCCCGAUUACAUCGACGCGGACAUGAUGCGCCACGACGAUCCCGAGGAUGCGACCGACGACGAGGAUUGGGCUGCUGUCGGUGCCGCGGGGCUCCGCGCCGCAUCCUACUCCAACACCGGUUUCGGGGUCUCGCCAGGCGCAAACAAAGUAUAUAGCGGCAGCGGGAUGGCUCGAACCCCGCAACUGCCACGCGGUUUCAACACCAACAACACCACUGUAGGCUUCGCCUCGGCCUCUGACGCACAGGAGCGCGAGGCCGUCGAGGCUCUGCUUCAACUCGGUUCUGUAUAA